CAAAGGGCAAAGGACAGUGUUUGAGAAUUCAACUUGUCAAGUUUCAAGAAAUGCCUCCACAUCUGAAUACAUUCAUCGUUGCUUUGAUAAUUAUCGGUACCUAUGCUAAUGCUGAAAACUGCAUUGACUUUGGUGUAAAAACCCCAUGGUUACAGUCUCGUCACUUUGCCUAUGAUGGAUAUGCUGUCUUGCUGAAAUGUCCUCUGGGAAUAACAGAAAAUUUAAGCUGUUCCUUGCCUGUACAUAGAAGCUGUAACUUGACAUGGUUUUUAAAUGGUUCUACACAAAUAACUACAGAAGAGCAUUCAAGAAUUAGUAUGCAAGGAUAUUCCCUCACAUUUUUUCCAGCAGUGCCUGCUGAUUCUGGAACAUAUACAUGUGAAAUAAGGAAUUCUACAUACUGUUCACGGCUGAAUGUUUCACUGACAGUCUCUCCAGCACUGGAAUACAAAACAUGCUCACCUUUUAGUGAUGUAAGUGUAAUCGAUACUCCAGAAAUUCCAUGUCAAGCAGCUAAAGACUUCUUGACAAUAGAUCGACAACUACAGAUAUCCUGGUACAAGGAUUGUAAACCUCUCCAGAUAAGUGAAGGCAAUUAUGUGCUACAGCCACACGCAUUAUUUAUUCUCCGUUUAACAAGGGAAGAUGCAGGAAACUAUACCUGUUUGGUGGCACUCCGAAAUGAAGGAAGAACCUAUAACUCCUCAUCUUCUACACAGCUGUACAUUAUAGCAGAUACUCAAGAGAACAAGCCACCACAAAUCAUAUAUCCUGUAAAUGCUACCUUGGAAGCAGCAGUUGGAUCCAAAAUAAACAUAAGCUGCAAAGCAUUUAUUGGAUAUGUUAGAGGAUCCAGUGAAGUUUUACAAUACUGGCUUGUUGACAAUACAUUCAUUGAAUAUUAUAACUUUAGCCAGCUAGAAGAAGUCAAAAUAAGGGAAGAAAAUAAUACAAUAGAAACAGCAUUGAUUAUAAGCAGUGUCACACCAAAUCUGUAUGGGAUAGAAUUUCAGUGUGUGGUAAUAAAUGCAUUAGCAAAGGCUAUUGGAUUUUUAUACCUAAAGCCACCAGAGCCCUCCCUUCUAGCACAUUUAUUGGUGGGAUUAGCAAUUUUUUUCUUCUGUGCUGUGUCACUUGUACUUACCUACAGCUACUUUAAGAUCGACAUUGUCCUCUGCUAUCGUGCGUCAUGUCAUGUGAACAAGCCAUCUACAGAUGGGAAGCUUUAUGAUGCUUAUGUAUUAUACCCAAAGGCGGAGAAUAAGAGUGCACCUACAAAGGCAGACUUCUUUGCUCUGGAGAUUCUCCCUCAUAUCUUAGAAGGAAAAUGUGGUUAUAAGCUCUUCAUAUUUGGCAGGGAUGAACCAGCUGGAUCAGCUGCAGUUGAAAUUGUGGAAAGUACCAUACGGCAAUCCAGGAGGUUAAUAUUUAUUCUUACUCCAGAUGGAUUUAUGGAUGAGCAAGCGACAAUGACAUUUGAACAUCAUAUUGGAUUAUAUAAUGCCCUUGUUACUGAAAUGAAGGUCAUUUUGAUUGAGCUGGAAAAAUUAAAAGACUUUGCAACAUUUCCAGAGUCGAUCAAACAUUUAAGAAAAAAGCAAGGAACUAUUACAUGGACUGGAGAUUUGGCAAUGAAAUCACAGAUGUCAAAUUCCUGUUUUUGGAAAAAAGUGAGAUAUAACAUGCCACCAACAACCUUAAAUACAUCAGAGCUGCUUUCUCUAGUAUAACCUGAACAAAUUUUGUUUGCAAUUGUUUCAGUCACUGUGCUUUUAAGUGAUUAAUUCAGUGUGUGUGUCAUUUCUCUUCUAGUGUUAUGCUUUAUCAGUGCUCAGUUACUUAUGAAUUUUUCUAAGUUAAAAUAAUGUUGUAGUAUUUUUUUUUCUUUAAGAAUGUACUAAUAGUUAUUAGUACACACCAGAUGCCAGUUGUACAUUCUCUGCAUUUUAUGUUUGUUGUGGCUUAUUUUAUUGGCAGUUUAAGUAAACCAUUUUGAUACAUUGUUAGAAAAAAUUUAUUUUUUGGUUUGUGGUUUUAAUAUCACUUAGUAUUGUUCAAACCUAAUAAAUGGAUAUUAUAUUGCUCUGGUCAGUACUUGACAAAUUAGACUAAUUGCUCUAUUGACUGUUUCUGUGUGGCACACAAUUCAGCUGAGGUAAGGCUAUGAGCUUCACCCUGUUGUCAUGAAAUUGAUUCAUUAGUCUGUAUCUAAAUAAUGCAUGACUGGAAUAAGUAAA